GGCGAAGGGGUGGUAGUGAGGUUGCGCUUACCUCAGCUUGGCGGAGCGCCGGCGGGGGACGGGCAGACCCUCCCCGCCCAGGAAGAAAGCGCCCACUUACCCGCCGAGCCUCCGGCGACGACUUGGUGAGAGGCCUCCUGCAGAAAACUCCCGGGCUUACGAGCCAUCUUCGCCCGCGCCGCGACGGCGGCAAGAGGCAGCGGCGCCUGGAGAGUGGGCGCCGAGCCGGGACCGACUCUGCGCUGAGUCGAGCCGGAAGUGCAACUGGUAAUGCCCAGAACAUCUGACAAACAAAUCUCAAACUGUUUGACAUGAUUAUGUGCAAGAGAAGGCAGUCAUCAAAAUAAGCCUGGGUUUCAGAAGUACUGAGAAAGGAUUUUUCCAUCCUUGUUUUAUAGGCCUUUGCAUCCUCCUGGCUGAAGAUUAAUAUUUUUGCUAAUCCAAAAGUAAAUGAGGAACUUAGGAAAAGAUUGCCAACUCCAAAUCAACACAGUUACAGAGAAUUGAAAAGAAACGUACAGCUUCAUUUGAAGGAUUCUUGUAAGGAACUCAAUAUUCUGUGAGAUGAGCUCUGUAAUAUUCAAGCAAAAACUGGACUCAGUGCCAGAUCAAACAAGUUCAGAAGAACAAAUGGAGAACUGGUCAAAAGAAACACACAUCCUGGAACGGGAAAAAGAAGACUUUUCUGUUGAGUUUCAGUUUCAUCAUAAUUCCCAGAAAAACCCAGAGUUUUUCAUCUCAGAAGCUGAAGCACUGAAACUUUUAGAUUUACAAGUAACCAGUCAAAGAGGAGGAGCUACAAAUGACUAUAAUUCCGGACCUGAAGAAUCAAGCACCAUAGAAAGAAAAGCUAACAGUAUGCUCCCUGAAUAUAUAUCCUCAUGGAAAGAUGCUGCCGAUUUAGGUGGAAAAACAGAAACUACAUUCCUUUUAAAAGAAUUGGACACUCUGAGGGCCAAAAAUAAAAAGCUUCAAGAUAAGCUGUCUGAAAAGGACAAGGAGCUGAAGACAAUAAAACUGGACUUAGAACUGCAAGAAAGAGCUACAGAAGCUAAGAUUGCAGAAAAGAUUGCAGCUCUGGUGGAAGAAGUUUAUUCAGCUCAACGGGAACGUGAUGAGGCUGUCAUGGCAAGGCUUAGGUUGGCCAAUGAAGAGAGAGAUGAAGCAUUUCUACGAGUCCAGCGUUUAGAAGAGUCUCUCAAAGAGCUAGAAAAUAUUAACCCUGAAGAAAAUGACAUGACAUUACAGGAAUUACUGAACAGAAUAAACAAUGCAGACACAGGGAUAGAUAUACUGAAGAAUGGAGCUAUAAUUCUGAAUCGAAUACACAGGACCAAAGAACGUAAAAAGAAAAUAAUAGCUGAGGAAAUGAAUGCGGUAAUAGAACAACGGGAUGCUGCUUUGUCUCAAUGCAAACGGCUGGAGCAGGAGCUUCAUCAUCUGAAAGAGCAGAACCAGACUUCAGCAAACAACACGAGACAUCUGACUGCUGAAAACAAUCAAGAACGUGCUCUGAAGGCAGAAUUGGCAGCCUUGCAACAAGAAAAAGAGGCUGCUCUUCAACAGUGCAAAAAAUUAGAAGAAGAAAUCCAGACAUUGCAUGUUUAUUACAGUUUAUACAAAUCUUUGUCUGAAGGAAUGAGUCUGAAGGACCAGCUUAACUGUGCUUUCAGUACUUCUGAAGGUGGAGUGCAAGGCAGAGAUGUUGUGACCCUUACCUAUCGCCAGAUUGAAGAUCUGGCAGCUCAGCUGCAGCAAGCUCGAUCAGAGCAAAAGGACACAGAGCUGAAGCUCCAGAAUGCCCUGGAGGCUUCACGGGAGGCCAAUGAAAAAGUUCAUAAGUUGGAAAGGCUGGUGGACGUCCUGAGGAAGAAGGUUGGAGCAGGGACCAUUAGGACCGUGAUCUGAUUGAAAGCCCUAGUCUAAGGAAGCAUUCACAUCUGGUGACCAGGCUGCUUCAUUCAGCACUGUGUAAACACUAAAGCCUUAACUUAGCAAACAGUUGUUAGAAGUGGGACACUCCAGCGACAUUCCAAGCUGAGAUAAAAUCAAAUCAUAAAUGUUUAACUACU